ACUAAAUGAUAAUAGAUUCAUAUCAUUCAUAUGAACACGGUUCAGUUGACGAUCAUGUUAAUCGUUAUUUGUUCACACUAUGAACUUUAUUUUCCUUACACACCAAACUAUUCAUAUUAUAUAAUAAUCGGAAUAACUCAUCUGAAGAUUGCACAUUUGAUUAGUGUCGGUUGAUAUUCAUUAUAUGUUAUUAAUAUUUUUCCAUGCUCUUUUUUAUAUUAUUAUUAUCAUCAUGAAUCUAUGAACUAUUCACACUGAAAAUUGAAACUUUUAGGCAUCCGGUUUUCUCAUCAUUAACUAUUUACACUCUCUUUUACUGACUACUGACCUAGUUGUAAGUUCUGAUUUUAUAUUCAAGUUACUAUGGUUUCAUUUGGUGAAUAGAAUUGAAAUUUAUCCCUUUAUUAAUAUUUAUCUAUCUAAUUUUCAUCCUUUUCAUGAGAUUAUUGUUGAUGGUCCAGCAAUGAAUAAGGGAAUUGAAUUCAUAUUGUCUGAACCUUUAUAAACAUGAGUUGAUGAUGAUUUUAAUUGUGUCCAGAUAAUUGAUAACUUUCACUUCCUACUUUUACUUUUUUUUCUAUGGAUUAUCUCUAAUUGAUUAAUUUAAACAAUUUAAAUUCUAUUUCGGGUAUUCCCCUUUCCUUGUUGAAUCCACUUCCGCCUCUCUCACUUUAUAUAUCCAUCAUGGUGUAGGUCAGUUGAACUCUCAUCAGAUCAUCAGUGAUAAGUCACAUAUCAUUUUGACCAGUUAAUCUGUUGAUUUACUUGAAUUAUAUAAUCACGAUGAUGUUAAUCCAAUCACCUUACGUAAUGUUGAUGAAAAUAGUGUUGAUAUUUUUACCAAUAAUAGUUUUACCAUUACCGAUAAACACAUCAACAAUUCCUGAUUACAUUUCAAUUGUAAACAAUUUCUCUUGGCAAUCAUUAAUUCAUUUAUCAUCAAUCUACAAUGAUGAGAAUAUAUUUUUCUCACCAAUUAAUGUGAUUACACUUUUAUCAACCUUAUUAAUUGGUUCUGGUGGAUCAACUGCUAAUCAAUUACUUUCCACCCUUGACUUUGAUUCGAUUGAAGAAGCUCGUUCGAUAAUGUCCAAACUUCUUAUUCCAUCUCGUUUAAAUCGAACUGAAAAUAAUCAAGAUGAAAUUAUCCUUCGAUCAGUUCAUCAACUUCUUAUCGAGAAAAGUUUUCGUCUUCGUUCUGAAUUUCGUUCCAACUUAACCUCAAUCUAUUCAAUCGAUGUGGAUGAUGUUGACUUCAUGAAUUCCGAUCAAUCAUCUUUACUAAAAAAUAUCAACUCAUGGGCCUCAGAAAACACUGGUGGAACCAUUAAUAAUCUUGUCUCUCAACCAUUUGAUUCACUGACCAAACUUGCUCUACUUAAUGGUGUUUAUUUCAAAGGUUUUUGGGUAACCCCAUUUCAAGAAAAUCUUACAAACAACCAACCCUGGUACAGUUCAUCAGGUUUGAUUGAAAAAACUUCAGUUACUUUCAUGAGAACCACUGGAAACUUUGAUCUAACAGAGACACCAAAUUAUUCAAUCAUUGGUAUUCCAUAUAAGGCUAAUAUGAUGUUAGAUAUUUUUCUUCCAUCAUCAUCAUCAUCAUCUAAUGAUAUCAAUUCACUAUUCAAUCUAAUUGAACCUUGUUCCCUUGACAAUCAACUACGAAACUCACGUAAAGUAACCAUUGACUUGUCUUUACCUAAAUUCAAUGUCUCUGGUAAAUAUGAUCUUAAACUAUUAGCAUCGUCCAUGGGGAUAACUGAGAUAUUUGGUCCUAGAGCAAAUCUAUCUGGUAUCUCACCGGAUUCAUCAUUAUAUGUUUCAUCCGCAUCCCAAGUAUCAUCUUUUCACUUGGAUGAACUUGCUUCUCUGGGAACAGUAACUUCUCUGACAACCUUAGGAUACAAAUCAAUUCCCAUAUCAAAGGUUCAUCAAUUAAUCGUUAAUCGUCCCUUUAUCUACAUGAUUCGUGAUGUAACCAAUCAAUUGAUUCAUUUUAUUGGUAAACAAGAAAACAUGUAAUAACAAUCAAACAUCAUCAUCACUCUGUUGCUGUUGUUGGCAAAAACAUUCAUUAUCCUUGAUUACUUUAAUAGUUUUUUUCUCAUCAUUCACUCUCGAUUAUUAUUAUUAUUAUUUUGUUUAUUAAUAAUAACUUUACAAUCAG